UUUUGCAUCCAGGCAAUCCACAAUUCGCAUUUCUCCCACAGGUGGAACUGCGUACAAUGGCACUGUCGGCGAGUCAUGGACGGCACCGAGAGCAGUAGAUGGAACCUAUCUGCGUCUAGCCCCACUGUAUGAGAGCACAACGCACUACCAGCUACGCACUGGCCCCUACUACACAGAGGAUGAGGCCCCGGCACACGGCAUGACGCUACCGCCCAAAAGCUCUCUCCCUACACGUGAAUGGUAG